CUGACCCUGUGCUCUCAGGAGGCCUGAGCUCCUGUACACAGCAUCCGGCCCUCUUCGGCCCCAAGGCUCUGUGCACAGUGCUCCCUCCUGGAUGGCAGACAGCCUGUCCGAUAACCGAGCUCCCGACAUUUAGGGCGCGUGUUUUCUCCUUCCCUCCGGUCUUCGCCCCACGUGGGCCGCAGGGAAGGAGAAAGCAGGCAUCGCCCGCCUGUGAUGUCACUUCAGACAGGACUUUUGUCACCCUUCUUAUUCCCUCCAGGCUGGCCAGGGAUCUGGGCCUCUCCAAGCACCAGCCAGAAGGAAGGCCUGCUCUGCGCGGCUUCCGGAAGCCCGCCGACACCUGCAGACACGCCAGCUGUUUACAGCACGAGGGCAGACGCCGUGGACAGAGACGGUGAGGCUGUUUCUCCCACAGACAGGUACCCGUGGAAGUCCCACGACGGAAGUCACAGUGCGGUGACUGCAGUGUCACCGUAUGGAGCUGCAGAGUGGCUUCUCCAAGACAAGAACCUGUCUCCGACUCCGCACCUACGCCAGGCCGUGGCCUUCAACUCGAGGGAGUUUUCACAGGAUAAGUCUAAACCGCCUGCAGGAGUGACUGAACGAUCUCGGGAACAACGGGUGAGAUCGGGGUUCGGCGGCGGAAGGGAAACACCCGGAAGCCACAGAGGGCACAACGUGCGCACUGGGAGCCGGGAGACCCAGGCCGAGCCCAGCAGCUGGGCUCACGGGGGAGGACAGAGGUGCUCCGGAAGUCAGAAGAGGAGCCCCGUGCAGUUCAGCCGGCAUUUUGUCUUCCUUGGUCUAGAAACCUGUAAUCGCGUACCUUCAACUCACAGAAAACUUGGUGUGCCUUCAAAGCCUGGGGCUUUCCUUGUCCUUCAAGGCUGGGAAGCAAGUCGGGGCAUAAAGGGAAGGGCGGAUUCCAGGCGUGGCUGCCUCCUGGAAUAGUCCUGGGGGCGGCUCUUUGGACGUGAACAGAAAGUUCAACAAAUACAAGUUCAGGCGCAGGGCAGUCCCAGGGGAGGGCAGGGAUGGACCCAUCCCCAGUAUUAGCGUCCUGGGGCUGCGAGAGCAAAGGGCCCCAGAAACGGAUGGUCUCACAGUUCCUCAAGCCUGUGGCCGGCCGUCCCGAGGGUCCCUGGCUCCCAGCUGCACCCUUCAACCUCGGCCUCCGGCUUCACCGGGCCCCCGUCCUCUCUCUCUUCAGAGGGACACUAGGUAGUGGCUUCAGGGGACACCCACUCCAGUAUGACUUCAUUUUAACCAAUUACAUCUGCAAAGACCCUACUUACAAAUAAGGUCACAUUCGGAGGUUCCGGGUGGACGUGAAUUUUGCCCCUGUGCACCUGCUCUUUAUUUUCUUAUCAUUACCCAAUAUUCUAUAUAUUUGCUUACUUAAUAAUUAUCUGCCUGACUUGCUAGAACUUAAGUUGUAUGAGGCCUAGGACUUUUGUCUCCCUGAUCUCCACCUCCCUCAGUGCCUGUCACAGAAUAAGACCCCAAGCCAUAGUUAGGGACCGAUUCAACGCAGAGUCCUGAAGGUCGCCGGUUGCGACUGAUCUUCACGGACGCACUGCUUCUGGUUCCACACUGUGUAGAAAAAAACGAACUUUGUCUACUGAUAAAACCAUUUCAGCUAUAACAUGAAUAAGGGAAAAAGCCAAAGGUAAAUCUGGGCAGACUGCGUUCGCUCCCAGCCAUCCCAAGCAUCUGGAGGGUUUCCUGAAAACCCACAACUGGAUUUGUUCCUCGCUCUGUGUCAGGUCCUCCUGGCCUCCCUCCAUCAUCCACGGCCGGGCAACCCCCAGUUGUCCCCCUGCAGGACGCCAGCUGCUCCCGCCCCCUCCACGUCCACAGCCGGUACCCCACGACGCAGAUGCCCAUGGUCCGCACCCCUUCGUCCUAAAGGAUUUCAGGUUUCCUCUUCUUCCUCAGCGUCCUCGGCUUCACCUGCUCAGUCUUCGGUGUCCUUAGCUGGAGACUCAGCCUUUCUUCUCUCCCCCCGAUUCCACAUCUCCGCCGUUCCCGUUAUUCUUUUUCUAGAAGGACUAGCGUUGGAGUCUUUCACUCUGUCGUACAUCCAAAAGCUCUCUCGGCUUUUCUUUUUUCUUUUUUACUUCUUUUCUCUUGGCUCAGCUUCUUGGGCAGAGCCCUGCCGUGCUUUCCAGGUGGCUGGUUCCCUCUUUGUGGCCCUUUAUGCACUUCCGUGAACAACUGAGUUUUUCCAGGGACGAGUUUUCAUUUUCAGGACCUCUAAUAGGUUGUGCUUCCUUCCUCGCCAUCUGCUCUUGACUCCUAGGUGCCUCCCACAUGAGAUCAUUGAUUUCUUGAAGAAUUUUAAACAGACAUCGUUUGUAUCCAUUUUAAACAUGUUCUACUAUUUCCAUUUCUGAGGAUAUAAACUCACUUCCCAAUAGAUUCUGUGGGCUAUCUUUCUUAUUAUGAGUCUUAGCCACUUGAGGACUUUUCACCUGCAGGCUCGCCUUGAGUGGCAGCUGUUUCGGCCUCCUUCUCUGUAGUAUUUCUGCCUAGGGAUGCUGUGGUGGCCCCCACAAGGUGCUCGGGAUGCCUGGUCCAGGACCAGCUCUUACGGGGGUGGCUCGGCAUUCCCAGACAGGGUGCAGUGGGCCUGGGGUGUGCCACCAGCAGGGACACCCAGCCGGUUCCUCGAUUCUGCAACGACACCGGCUCCGGUUGCCCUCUGUGCCUGGGCACUUCGGGCCCCUGUCACUCCCCGGGAGUCUCAUUUCUAGAUGCCGCAGCCUGUUUGGGACCCAGAGUCCAGCAAAGCAGCAGCUUCCGCCCCUGCUCCCCGCUAUAAGUUUUGUUUUGUUUUUGUUCAGUAGGGAUAUUUAUUACAUUUCUGAGUCUAUUAAUUAAAUUUUAAAGCACAUAUAAUUGGGGUAUUUGAAGUGGACAGGAGAGCUUAAAAA